AUGAUGGAUCAGAGACAAGUGAUUUUUAGAGAGAUAGACAACCUCAAACAGGCUCUCCCAGUCAGCAAAGCCAUUCUGGAGCAACAAGAUCGAACCUCCGUACUUCGCGUCGCCUCAACUUACUUAGCUAUGCGAAAUUAUUUUAGUCGGCAGGUUCUUUUCUCGAAGGACAUCAUAGAGACCACAUCGUUGAUUCUUCAGGCACUGGACGGUUUUUGUUUCAUAUUGGAUGAACGAUUCCAUAUUCUGUACAUUACCGAGUCCGUAUCAACCCAUCUCGGUUUUUCGCAGACGAUACUCUGUACUGGCUUCGUGCGCGGCGUAGCAGUGAACGGAGUCGUACGAGGAGAUAUCCUUCUGGCGAGCGGACAAAUGAUCGACCGGCCAGGUCUCCUGGAGGUACCUCUGAGCUCCCAACAAUUCCUCCUUCGCACCACACCCGACCUCUGUAUUGUGUUUUGUGACGCUAGGGUCGGUGAGGUGCUACGCUUCAAUCCGGCUGAUCUCGUAGAUCGCAGUCUCUAUCAUUUGAUCAGUGUAGAGGAUUGUGAAUCACUUCUCAGAGCCCAUAUGAUGAUUCUGAGACCAGAGGAAUGUCAAUCAGUCACCCAGUAUGUCGGGAUGUUCUGCCAGGGCGGUGGACUGGCUACGGUCGCUUUGCACCUCAUCAAACUUCCCAGUAAUCAUGUUGGAGCCACUUUUUCCAUAUCCAUCAUCUGCACACUAGCUGGACUGUCUCCGUUGCCAGUGACUAUGGACGUAAUCCAAUUUCUCCAACCAUUCGAUAAGAAAGAAUCGAUAGGCUUGGGAGCACAUUCGAGCGCAUUUUAUGCCGACGCGAUGAACAAGGAGUUGGGUCCCAGCCGAUUACUGCCUCUCAUAGGAAACAAGCGACCUACUCGAAAACGUAACGAUUCAGAUCCGGAGGCGUCAAUGAUGUCGACAAAGCUCCUUCGCUCUAUAUAG